AUGGCUGACAGCCAUGAAUUCCGCAGGAGGAUCCUUCUCCUCGUAACAACAGGCGGUUUCACCCACGCAGCUCCAGUCCUUGAAAUAGGCGCUGUGCUCGCUUCUCGUGGUCAUGAUAUUCAAUUCGCUACCUGUGAAGGCCAGGAAGACUGGACGGCUGACUACCCCUUUAUUAAAACUGUUUACACCGUCGGUCCCGCAGCUGCAGAGCAUGAUCUGGACUUGCACUACGAGUCCAUGCGGCUCUGGCGCCAUGAGCACGGCUUUGCUCCCAUGAUGAAGUCAAAGUACUUCUUUGACAACUUCUGGACAGAUACUUACAAGUCUCUCCGGGCGUUGUGUGAAGAUGAAGCCACGAGGCCUGACUUUAUCGUUGCGGAUUUCUUCGCUGACAGUGCAGCCAGGGACAUGCUCAAGCAGUUCAACAUCCAGCUGGCGAGCAUAUGGCCUCAGAUGCCGUAUGCCAUGGCGCCUGUCAGUUACCAUCCCGGACAACCAGGGUUUCAAGCAGAUGGGGCGUUGACUUCUGAGCAUGCUUCUCUAACAUCACGGUUUUGGAACGAGUUUGUUGUCAUGGCUGCGCUUCCUACUGUAAUCCCCUGGUUGCUAUGGACGAAACGGAUGCGAGCCGAUGCUGGCGUCGACUACAGCCAUUCUCUCCUCCCCAAGCCCGAUUAUCUCGUGCUGGUCAAUUCAUUCUGGGGGCUUGAAGCUCCCAAAGAACUACCACCUCUCAUGGCUCCCGUUGGGCCUGUUCUCAGCGACGAGUACCCUCACCUUGAUGAAGACUUGGCUCAGUUUCUGGAUAGCCAUGAAAAAACCAUAUAUGUCAGUCUAGGAACUCACGUCAGCCUCCCUGGAGAAGAGCUCGCGAAAUUUCUCCUCGGUUUCAUCAAGGCUCUUGACGCUGGCUUUAUCAACGGUGUUAUAUGGGCUAUGCCUUCAAAAGCUCGUGCCAACUUCGACACAUCUAAAUCCUACAUUUUUACUGAUGGCUCCAUCCUCAGCGUCAGCAACCUUCUCAACGACGCCUAUCCGGAUUUCCGCCUCCCCGUCUUCGCACCACAACGGGCCAUUCUAGCACAUCGCAACACAGUUCUCUUCCUCACCCACGGCGGCGGUUCAAGCGCUAAUGAAACCCUCUUCCAUGGAACCCCCGUCCUCGUCGUAGGCUACUUCUUCGACCAGCUCUGCAACAGCGCCCGUCUCGCGGCAUCCGGGGUCGGAACAUCACUUGACAAAUCCCAUGUCACGCCAUCCUCCAUAUCCUCCGCCAUCGCGAACAUCACAACUGACACAGAUGGUUUAUAUGCCACCAACGUGCGUCGUAUGCAGCGCAUAGCAACAUUGAACGCCAAGCGCAAAUACCUUGCUGCUGAUCUCAUCGAGGAGGUCAUGACAGACCAAGAGCUUCGGUUCCGCAAGGGCGUGGAGCUGAGGCCGAUGCAUCUGCAGACAGCAGACAUGCGCAUGUCGAUAUGGAAGGCUAGGAAUUGGGACAUGUGGCUUGUCAGUCUAACUGGUCUUGCAGCUGGCGGGUUUGCAAGUUGGUGGUUUGCAACAGGGGGAUGGAGGAAGCUGCUGUUAAUACUGGCACGCUCUGUAAGAAUGGGAAGAGGUUUCGCAAGAGAAAUACUCUAUAGUCGUAGGUCAUGA